CCGCAGCGUGGCGUCGCUUGGCGGUGGAAAUUUGAAGAUAACGAACUUAGAAAAAGACAUUAUUUACCAAAAAUAAACUGCGUACACCUUGUCCAGCUGAAAGAAGUAAAAAAGAAAUAAAUAAAACAUGAAAGCAGUACCCCGAACGCCGAUGCGCGUCGUCCCGAAGACUCCAAGGGUGCACCCACAAAAUACAGACAAACCGCAACGACGAGAGACCUCCGAAAAGGCCAGGGAUCCAGUGAAUGUCUUCUGCCGUGUGCGACCUUUGCAAUCUGAAGCGGAUCUCACAUGCCUGCGAGUGAAGAACUCUACGACGAUUGCCCUCAAUCCACAGGAUCAGCUACUGCAUCACAAACAGAACAGCGGCCAGCGCGAGAUCCAGUACAUCUUUAAACAUGUUUUUCAACCGGAUGCCUCACAGCAGGAUGUGUAUGGAUCGGUGGCACAGCCUCUGGUGGAGAAUCUCCUUCGAGGACGAAACAGCCUCCUGUUUACAUACGGAGUGACGGGCAGUGGCAAGACCUACACAAUGACGGGAAACCUGCGGCACCGUGGAAUCAUGCCUCGCUGCCUGGACGUCCUGUUCCGGACCAUUUCCGAUUUUCAGGCCAAAAAGUUUGUGUUUAAGCCAGACAAACUAAAUGGUUUCGAGAUUCUCUCUGAGGAAGAUGCUCUCCUGGAGAGGCAGCACGAAAUGAACCAGCGUUUUGCAGGAGCCGGGCGCUUUGCGUUCCGACACAAGGACUCGGAUCCUGAAAUCGCCUCACAGGCAUCCGUAGAGCCCACACCGUUGCUGGGCUUGGACGAGGAUAACAUGUACUCGGUGUUCGUCACCUACAUAGAGAUUUAUAACAAUAGCGUGUACGAUCUGCUGGAAGAUUCGGGCAUACAGAAGACUUUGCAGAGCAAAAUCAUUCGCGAGGAUGCCAAUCGACAUAUGUUCGUACAUGGGGUAACAGAAGUGGAGGUAAAAACUGUGGAGGAGGCCCUUGAGGUCUUCCAAAUGGGUCAGAAGCGCAAGCGCAUGGGCCACACCGUUCUGAACGCCGAAUCCAGUCGAAGUCACUCGGUAUUCAAUAUUCGACUGGUGCAGGCACCCACCGACAGCCAGGGCGAAAACGUGGUCCAGGAUAAGCAGAACAUCACCGUCAGCCAGUUGUCGCUUGUAGAUCUAGCUGGUAGCGAACGCUCUUCGCGAACCAAGAACACUGGGGUGAGGCUUCGAGAGGCGGGCAACAUCAACAACUCGCUAAUGACGCUGCGAACGUGCUUGGAGUAUUUGCGGGAGAACCAACAGGCAGCAGCCAGCGGCAUGGCGCCCAAGAAGAUCCCCUAUCGUGACUCCAAGAUCACGCACAUGUUUAAGAACUACUUUGAUGGCGAGGGUCAGGUGUCCAUGAUUGUGUGCAUCAAUCCAAGAAUCGAGGACUAUGAUGAGAACAUGCAAGUGAUGAAGUUUGCCGAGAUGACUCAGGAGGUUCAAAUAGCUAGGGCCACGCCCAUAAAACCGGAUUUGGGUCUCACACCGGGCAGACGUAAGGCCAAUAAGCUGUUCAAGAUUGCUGUCAACAAUUUGAACGAGCUGGGAAUUCCCGAGGCCAAGGAUCUCGAGGUGGAUGUAGGCCUGGUCUACAGCUUAGGCCCUGACUUUCCCUCCUAUCAGAUGGACAGUCCUGAGGCAGAGUUUAAGAUCAAGGAGUUGAUGCACUAUUUGGAGCAGCGCAUCGAGAAACGCAAAAAGUUGCGCAGCAAUUUGGAUAUAAAGUGUGACAGCUUCAGGCAAAUGCUGAUGAACCUGGACAGGGACAACCUGCAACUGCGAACGGAGCUAGCCUCCUUGAAAGCGGUCUACAAGCAAGAACGCGAACGUAGUGCCGCAUUGGAAAAAAAGGUGCGCAUCCACGAGAGCUCCAUAGACGUGCUGAACAACACGCUGAGCAAGCGCGACAGACAGAUUGAGGAGCUCACCUUCAAGCUAGACGAACAGAAGAACCUUCUCACCCAAAAGGAGCACGAGAAGGAGAAGCAAAAGAAAAAGUUUAGCUCCAAGCUGGCUGUCGAGUCGGACAAGAACAAGCGGGAGCUGGAGCUGAAGCUUCGGGAGCAGCGAGCCAAAUUGCAGGAACGCAUGCGCAUCAAAGACGAGAAACUACGCCUGGUUUCGAACAUUCUGCAGUCAGAGGAUCUGCCCAGUCUGCCUCGCUCUCAGAGCUCAGAGGAUAUUCUCAACGAAAAGGAUCGUGGAACCUUCACAGCUCGCACAGAAUCAUCGGUGCCGGCUACAAGAACAGAUAUCUAUGCCACGCCGCGACAUGGCGUGGCUGCAGCCAACAAUCGUCAUCGACGCUCGCGAUCGGCCGGCGACAAAUGGCUGGAACAUAGGGCCGCCAAUCCUGUCCCUCUUGGUACCAUAAUGCAGCCAUAUCUGAAAAACCGCAAGUCCGUGACCAAGCUAACCGACAUGAAGGAGCUGACCAACCACGGAGCCAACAAGUACUGCCUGGUGUCCCAGGAGGCGGACACAGACGGCGAUGUGGAGACCAAACUGUACAAGGGUAACGUGAUACCCACGUGUGGCGGUGGCGCCCAGGUCGUGUUCAAUGAUGUGGAAUGCCUCAAGCAAAAGUCACCCGUACAUUCGCCCACUCGAAAGCGACCGAGCAAUGGCACCAUAUCCGCUCUGGGCGGCGGCGGUGCAGUGCCCAGCACAGUCACCUCAAACCAGGACAUAGCAUCUCGUUGCAAUCUGGGCAUCGAGGGGCACAGCAGCAAGAAGUCGAAGAUCUAAAGCGCACACCUUGCAACAUUAAUUCUUCAAGUUAAAUACCCCACAUAGUUAUUUAGUUAUCUUAGUUUAAAUUUAAGUUUAUUACUCACCCGUUAUGGUGUCGGUGUUGAAUCGCAAUGAAGUGAUUUUUUUUAUUAAAGCAUAUCCAUAUAUACCUGUAUAAAAAUAA